AUGGCAUCGAGCACAUUAAGUGGCAUUCGGUUUAUGCGAGUCGUUGAAAAUCAUAGCCUUUCGAAAUCAUCAGCAGUCAUGACCAUCGGAAGCAAUGGCGCAGUCAGCUUGGUCCCUCUGCGUCUCCACACGGUUUCCAGCGUCUCCGCCAUGUCAUCAGCGUCCCUGAAAACGAGACGAUUUCGGUGUGGAUCAAUUGCAGCAUCAGCAGUCUCAGAAAAGCCCGAAGAGCAGCAGAGUGGUGCCUCGGAUCAGCCUCCCCUGGUGGUGGCGACGCGCGAGAAAGGCAAAAACGGCAAGCUGAUGAAGGCACUGAGUGCGAGGAGAGUGUCAGUGAUGGAGCUGCCGCUCAUCCAGCACUCAGACGGGCCUGACACCCACCGACUGCCAGCCGUGCUUCGAGAAGAGGAGUUCGAGUGGAUUGUGGUAACCUCGCCAGAAGCUGCUUCAGUAUUCCUUACAGGCUGGAGAGCCGCAGGGUCGCCGGCACUGAGGCUGGCAGUGGUGGGGGGCGGCACAGCGGAGGUAUUCAACCAGCUGGGCGAGCAGGAGAAGCGCCUCCUGCCAGUCCAGUUCGUUCCUUCCAAAGCCACGGCCAAGUACCUGUCGGCUGAGAUUCCCGAGAUUCAAGGCGGCAACCGCCGGGUGCUGUACCCCGCCUCAGCCAAGGCCAGCACGGAUCUUCAGAGUGGGCUAGCAAGCAGGGGCUUCCAAGUCACGCGGCUGAACACAUACUCCACGGAGUCGGUGACGAGUGUGGACGAGGACACCAUACAGAGAGCCGCCAGGGCUCCUGUCGUUGCCGUGGCUUCUCCCACUGCUGUCAGGGCAUGGAUGGAGGUGGUGGCAUCCCGCACGCAGUGGGACGGAGCUGCAGCUUGCAUUGGGGGAACUUCAGCCGAGGCUGCCAGGAAAGCAGGAAUCAAGAGGGUGUUUGCACCAGACAGCCCUGGAAUUGAAAGCUGGGUGGCCAGUGUUAUGGAAGCACUGGAAGCAGCACCUGCUGAAGCACAAGCCGCUGGGAAAUUCGAGCAUCGCCAUGACAAGCAGCAUGGGAAGCACCAGCAGCAGCACGGUCAUAAGCACCAUGAAAGCCGUCACCACCAUCGUCAACAUCAUCAUGAUCAUGGCAAAGGCGGGGGGAGGCCUGGGAGGUACAACACGCGGGCUGGCCCCGUGGAGGGGAAGCUCAACGUGCACCUCGUCGCGCAUUCACAUGAUGACGUGGGAUGGCUUAAAACCGUCGAUCAGUACUAUAUCGGGUCGAACAAUUCCAUUCAGGUUGCUGCAGUACAGUACAUACUCGAUACAGUGGUGGAGCAGCUGAGCGAGGACCCUAACAGAAAGUUCAUUCAGGUGGAACAGGCAUUCUUCCAGCGCUGGUGGCGCCGCCAAUCCAAGCACGUGCAACGUGUCGUCAGGCGAUUGGUCAAGAACGGUCAACUGGAAUUCACCAACGGCGGGUGGUGCAUGCACGACGAGGCGGCGACGCAUUAUACGGACAUGGUGCACCAGAUGUCGCUGGGGCUGCGCCUCAUCCGCCGCCAGUUCGGCCAGGUGCCGCGCGUCGCCUGGCAGAUCGACCCCUUCGGCCACUCCGCCGUGCAGGGCUACCUCAUCUCCGCCAUGGGCGGGUUCGACGCGGUGUUCUUCGCGCGAGCGGACUACGAGGACAGCGAGGCGCGGUACCGCGCGCGCACGGCGGAGUUCGUGUGGCGCGCGUCCGACACGCUUAAGGAGCGCGCGGAGGUGUUCGGCGGGCGGCUGUACGUGCACUACCUGCCGCCCGACUCGUUCCGCUACGACACCAACAACUGGGACCCGCCCGUGCAGGACGACCCUGAUCUGUACGACUACAAUGUGCAGGAGCGGGUGGACAAGUUCGUGGAAACUGCGCUCAAGCAGGCGGAGAGCUACCGCACAAACCACAUCAUGUGGACCAUGGGCGACGACUUCGCGUACAGCAAUGCAGUGACGUGGUUCCGCAACAUGGACAAGCUCAUCCACUACGUCAACCGUGACGGCCGUGUGAACGCCUUCUACUCCACGCCCUCCAUUUAUGUUGAUGCUAAGCACAGAGCCAACGAGUCCUGGCCUGUCAAGACUGGAGAUUUCUUCCCCUAUGCGGACUGCCCCCACUGCUACUGGACGGGGUACUUUUCCUCCCGCCCCGCCUUCAAGCGCUACGUGCGCCACUGCAGCGCGCUGCUCCUCGUACGCCCCGCCCCUGCCCGCCCCUACCUGCCUCUCCCCCCCCUCCCCUCAACCCGCCCCUGCCUGCCCCCUUUCCCACACGUUCUUUCCCCCGUUUGUCAUCCCCUUGUCUAUUUCUUCCCUUCCUCACAUUGGUUCUUCUUCUGUGCUUGUGCUUGGCAAGUGGAGGCGCUGGUGGGGGGCAGCAGGCUGAGGAGAGGGCUAGAGGGGGGAGCAGUGGCAGUGGGGGUGGAGGAGCUAGAGGAGGCGAUGGCGGUGGCACAGCACCACGACUCGGUGAGCGGCACGGCCAAGCAGCACGUUAAUGACGACUACACGCUGCGCCUGUACCGCGGGGCCGUCAAGGCCUCCUCGCUGCUCACACGGGCCAUUCGCUACAUGAUCUCCCACCAGUCAGAUGCUGACACGUGGCAGGCCCAGUCUCUACUGCAGCAGAUGCCAAGCUCCCAGCCCCUAUUCUCCUCCGCCUCCACCACCCCUGCCACCGCCUCGCCUCUCGUACGAGCCCUUGGGCAACGCCGUGCAGCAGAAGCAGCGGAGGGUCGAACGGACAGGAGCAGACGCAGUCUGAAACUCAGCUUCGAGCUGUGCCCGCUGGCAAACAUUUCGUUCUGCCCGCCUUCACAAACGGAUCUUCAGGACGGGAAAGUCCUGGUGAGUUCCGUUCUCUCUCCCCAUGCGCCCUGCCCCCUGCUCUCUCCCCAUGCGCCCUGCCCCCUGCUCUCUCCCCAUGCGCCCUGCCCCCUGCUCUCUCCCCAUGCGCCCUGCCCCCUGCUCUCUCCCCAUGCGCCCUGCCCCCUGCUCUCUCCCCAUGCGCCCUGCCCCCUGCUCUCUCCCCAUGCGCCCUGCCCCCUGCUCUCUCCCCAUCCGCCCUGCCCCCUGCUCUCUCCCCAUGCGCCCUGCCCCCUGCUCUCUCCCCAUGCGCCCUGCCCCCUGCUCUCUCCCCAUGCGCCCUGCCCCCUGCUCUCUCCCCAUGCGCCCUGCCCCCUGCUCUCUCCCCAUGCGCCCUGCCCCCUGCUCUCUCCCCAUGCGCCCUGCCCCCUGCUCUCUCCCCAUGCGCCCUGCCCCCUGCUCUCUCCCCAUGCGCCCUGCCCCCUGCUCUCUCCCCAUGCGCCCUGCCCCCUGCUCUCUCCCCAUGCGCCCUGCCCCCUGCUCUCUCCCCAUGCGCCCUGCCCCCUGCUCUCUCCCCAUGCGCCCUGCCCCCUGCUCUCUCCCCAUGCGCCCUGCCCCCUGCUCUCUCCCCAUGCGCCCUGCCCCCUGCUCUCUCCCCAUGCGCCCUGCCCCCUGCUCUCUCCCCAUGCGCCCUGCCCCCUGCUCUCUCCCCAUGCGCCCUGCCCCCUGCUCUCUCCCCAUGCGCCCUGCCCCCUGCUCUCUCCCCAUGCGCCCUGCCCCCUGCUCUCUCCCCAUGCGCCCUGCCCCCUGCUCUCUCCCCAUGCGCCCUGCCCCCUGCUCUCUCCCCAUGCGCCCUGCCCCCUGCUCUCUCCCCAUGCGCCCUGCCCCCUGCUCUCUCCCCAUGCGCCCUGCCCCCUGCUCUCUCCCCAUGCGCCCUGCCCCCUGCUCUCUCCCCAUGCGCCCUGCCCCCUGCUCUCUCCCCAUGCGCCCUGCCCCCUGCUCUCUCCCCAUGCGCCCUGCCCCCUGCUCUCUCCCCAUGCGCCCUGCCCCCUGCUCUCUCCCCAUGCGCCCUGCCCCCUGCUCUCUCCCCAUGCGCCCUGCCCCCUGCUCUCUCCCCAUGCGCCCUGCCCCCUGCUCUCUCCCCAUGCGCCCUGCCCCCUGCUCUCUCCCCAUGCGCCCUGCCCCCUGCUCUCUCCCCAUGCGCCCUGCCCCCUGCUCUCUCCCCAUGCGCCCUGCCCCCUGCUCUCUCCCCAUGCGCCCUGCCCCCUGCUCUCUCCCCAUGCGCCCUGCCCCCUGCUCUCUCCCCAUGCGCCCUGCCCCCUGCUCUCUCCCCAUGCGCCCUGCCCCCUGCUCUCUCCCCAUGCGCCCUGCCCCCUGCUCUCUCCCCAUGCGCCCUGCCCCCUGCUCUCUCCCCAUGCGCCCUGCCCCCUGCUCUCUCCCCAUGCGCCCUGCCCCCUGCUCUCUCCCCAUGCGCCCUGCCCCCUGCUCUCUCCCCAUGCGCCCUGCCCCCUGCUCUCUCCCCAUGCGCCCUGCCCCCUGCUCUCUCCCCAUGCGCCCUGCCCCCUGCUCUCUCCCCAUGCGCCCUGCCCCCUGAUCUCUCCCCAUGCGCCCUGCCCCCUGCUCUCUCCCCAUGCGCCCUGCCCCCUGCUCUCUCCCCAUGCGCCCUGCCCCCUGCUCUCUCCCCAUGCGCCCUGCCCCCUGCUCUCUCCCCAUGCGCCCUGCCCCUGCUCUCUCCCCAUGCGCCCUGCCCCCUGCUCUCUCCCCAUGCGCCCUGCCCCCUGCUCUCUCCCCAUGCGCCCUGCCCCCUGCUCUCUCCCCAUGCGCCCUGCCCCCUGCUCUCUCCCCAUGCGCCCUGCCCCCUGCUCUCUCCCCAUGCGCCCUGCCCCCUGCUCUCUCCCCAUGCGCCCUGCCCCCUGCUCUCUCCCCAUGCGCCCUGCCCCCUGCUCUCUCCCCAUGCGCCCUGCCCCCUGCUCUCUCCCCAUGCGCCCUGCCCCCUGCUCUCUCCCCAUGCGCCCUGCCCCCUGCUCUCUCCCCAUGCGCCCUGCCCCCUGCUCUCUCCCCAUGCGCCCUGCCCCCUGCUCUCUCCCCAUGCGCCCUGCCCCCUGCUCUCUCCCCAUGCGCCCUGCCCCCUGCUCUCUCCCCAUGCGCCCUGCCCCCUGCUCUCUCCCCAUGCGCCCUGCCCCCUGCUCUCUCCCCAUGCGCCCUGCCCCCUGCUCUCUCCCCAUGCGCCCUGCCCCCUGCUCUCUCCCCAUGCGCCCUGCCCCCUGCUCUCUCCCCAUGCGCCCUGCCCCCUGCUCUCUCCCCAUGCGCCCUGCCCCCUGCUCUCUCCCCAUGCGCCCUGCCCCCUGCUCUCUCCCCAUGCGCCCUGCCCCCUGCUCUCUCCCCAUGCGCCCUGCCCCCUGCUCUCUCCCCAUGCGCCCUGCCCCCUGCUCUCUCCCCAUGCGCCCUGCCCCCUGCUCUCUCCCCAUGCGCCCUGCCCCCUGCUCUCUCCCCAUGCGCCCUGCCCCCUGCUCUCUCCCCAUGCGCCCUGCCCCCUGCUCUCUCCCCAUGCGCCCUGCCCCCUGCUCUCUCCCCAUGCGCCCUGCCCCCUGCUCUCUCCCCAUGCGCCCUGCCCCCUGCUCUCUCCCCAUGCGCCCUGCCCCCUGCUCUCUCCCCAUGCGCCCUGCCCCCUGCUCUCUCCCCAUGCGCCCUGCCCCCUGCUCUCUCCCCAUGCGCCCUGCCCCCUGCUCUCUCCCCAUGCGCCCUGCCCCCUGCUCUCUCCCCAUGCGCCCUGCCCCCUGCUCUCUCCCCAUGCGCCCUGCCCCCUGCUCUCUCCCCAUGCGCCCUGCCCCCUGCUCUCUCCCCAUGCGCCCUGCCCCCUGCUCUCUCCCCAUGCGCCCUGCCCCCUGCUCUCUCCCCAUGCGCCCUGCCCCCUGCUCUCUCCCCAUGCGCCCUGCCCCCUGCUCUCUCCCCAUGCGCCCUGCCCCCUGCUCUCUCCCCAUGCGCCCUGCCCCCUGCUCUCUCCCCAUGCGCCCUGCCCCCUGCUCUCUCCCCAUGCGCCCUGCCCCCUGCUCUCUCCCCAUGCGCCCUGCCCCCUGCUCUCUCCCCAUGCGCCCUGCCCCCUGCUCUCUCCCCAUGCGCCCUGCCCCCUGCUCUCUCCCCAUGCGCCCUGCCCCCUGCUCUCUCCCCAUGCGCCCUGCCCCCUGCUCUCUCCCCAUGCGCCCUGCCCCCUGCUCUCUCCCCAUGCGCCCUGCCCCCUGCUCUCUCCCCAUGCGCCCUGCCCCCUGCUCUCUCCCCAUGCGCCCUGCCCCCUGCUCUCUCCCCAUGCGCCCUGCCCCCUGCUCUCUCCCCAUGCGCCCUGCCCCCUGCUCUCUCCCCAUGCGCCCUGCCCCCUGCUCUCUCCCCAUGCGCCCUGCCCCCUGCUCUCUCCCCAUGCGCCCUGCCCCCUGCUCUCUCCCCAUGCGCCCUGCCCCCUGCUCUCUCCCCAUGCGCCCUGCCCCCUGCUCUCUCCCCAUGCGCCCUGCCCCCUGCUCUCUCCCCAUGCGCCCUGCCCCCUGCUCUCUCCCCAUGCGCCCUGCCCCCUGCUCUCUCCCCAUGCGCCCUGCCCCCUGCUCUCUCCCCAUGCGCCCUGCCCCCUGCUCUCUCCCCAUGCGCCCUGCCCCCUGCUCUCUCCCCAUGCGCCCUGCCCCCUGCUCUCUCCCCAUGCGCCCUGCCCCCUGCUCUCUCCCCAUGCGCCCUGCCCCCUGCUCUCUCCCCAUGCGCCCUGCCCCCUGCUCUCUCCCCAUGCGCCCUGCCCCCUGCUCUCUCCCCAUGCGCCCUGCCCCCUGCUCUCUCCCCAUGCGCCCUGCCCCCUGCUCUCUCCCCAUGCGCCCUGCCCCCUGCUCUCUCCCCAUGCGCCCUGCCCCCUGCUCUCUCCCCAUGCGCCCUGCCCCCUGCUCUCUCCCCAUGCGCCCUGCCCCCUGCUCUCUCCCCAUGCGCCCUGCCCCCUGCUCUCUCCCCAUGCUCCCUGCCCCCUGCUCUCUCCCCAUGCGCCCUGCCCCCUGCUCUCUCCCCAUGCGCCCUGCCCCCUGCUCUCUCCCCAUGCGCCCUGCCCCCUGCUCUCUCCCCAUGCGCCCUGCCCCCUGCUCUCUCCCCAUGCGCCCUGCCCCCUGCUCUCUCCCCAUGCGCCCUGCCCCCUGCUCUCUCCCCAUGCGCCCUGCCCCCUGCUCUCUCCCCAUGCGCCCUGCCCCCUGCUCUCUCCCCAUGCGCCCUGCCCCCUGCUCUCUCCCCAUGCGCCCUGCCCCCUGCUCUCUCCCCAUGCGCCCUGCCCCCUGCUCUCUCCCCAUGCGCCCUGCCCCCUGCUCUCUCCCCAUGCUCCCUGCCCCCUGCUCUCUCCCCAUGCGCCCUGCCCCCUGCUCUCUCCCCAUGCGCCCUGCCCCCUGCUCUCUCCCCAUGCGCCCUGCCCCCUGCUCUCUCCCCAUGCUCCCUGCCCCCUGCUCUCUCCCCAUGCGCCCUGCCCCCUGCUCUCUCCCCAUGCGCCCUGCCCCCUGCUCUCUCCCCAUGCGCCCUGCCCCCUGCUCUCUCCCCAUGCGCCCUGCCCCCUGCUCUCUCCCCAUGCUCCCUGCCCCCUGCUCUCUCCCCAUGCUCCCUGCCCCCUGCUCUCUCCCCAUGCUCCCUGCCCCCUGCUCUCUCCCCAUGCUCCCUGCCCCCUGCUCUCUCCCCAUGCUCCCUGCCCCCUGCUCUCUCCCCAUGCUCCCUGCCCCCUGCUCUCUCCCCAUGCUCCCUGCCCCCUGCUCUCUCCCCAUGCUCCCUGCCCCCUGCUCUCUCCCCAUGCUCCCUGCCCCCUGCUCUCUCCCCAUGCUCCCUGCCCCCUGCUCUCUCCCCAUGCUCUCUUCCCAUUUCUCUCCGCCACCCCUCUCCCCUCAUCUCACUUCUCGCACCUCAAUUUUUUCCCAGCCCAGAGCCCACACCAUGUAUCUCUUAUCCUGCACUCUCCGCCCCUCGCCUCUCCCCCUCCCUAGGCGUCUGUGCGGGUGGUGCGAGGGGCACUGGUGGACGAGGUGCAUCGCCAGGUGGCGCCCUGGAUCCACGAGAUCAGCUGCUUCAACCACUUCUUCCUUGCUUCGCCCAUCCUACUCCUCCGUUCCUCGCCAUCCCUCUCCUUUUCUUUCUAUCCCUCCUUCCCAAAUCCCUCUUCCUGCUAUUCAUGCUGCUCUCCUCUCCCCUUCCCCCUUUUGGCCUGCCAUCUGUGUGUGUCAGAUCGUGAGAGUGUACAAGAACACCAACUAUGCUGAAUUGGAGUAUGCGGUGGGCCCAGUACCCAUAGAGGAUGGAUUCGGCAAGGAGGUGGUGGUGCGCCUCUCCUCCUCCCUCGCCAGCAACGCCACCUUUUACACCGACUCCAACGGCCGAGAUUUCAUCCAGCGCACACGCAACUUCCGCCCCGAUUGGAACCUUACUGUCACCGAGCCUGCUGCUGGCAACUACUAUUCCCUGAACUCAGGCAUUUAUCUGCAUGACAACAGUACAGACUUCUCGGUCCUUGUCGACCGACCCAGCGGUGCAUCGAGCCUGGUGGACGGGCAGGUGGAGGUGAUGCUGCACCGCCGCCUGCUGCACGACGACCACCGCGGCGUGGCAGAGCCCCUCAACGAGCGCGUGUGUGUGGGCGGCCAGGAGGGCGCACAGGAGGGGCAGCAGCUGCAGCCGCCAACCUGCAUGGGCCUGGUGGUCACUGGGACUCUGCGCUUUGGGCUGCACCCGCAUGGGUGGAGCGAGGGGGGUGUGGUGGGAGUGGGAGCGGUGGAAGGGAGUGGAGAGGGGUUGGCAGGAGGGAAGGGGGAGGGGGAGGGAGUUGAGGCGGCUGCGGAGUGGCGGCGUUGGAACAUUCAGCGGAUAUUCUCUCCAUUGCAAGUGGCGUUUGCCGUUGAGAAUGAGGAUGACCUGGCAGCGGAGGGUGGACUGUACACGUGGCAGUUCUCUGGCACCCGGAAGAGCAAGUCUGAGGAGUCAACAGAUUCAAUGCUGUCAAUGCCGCUUGGAAGAGGAGGGAGACGGGCGAUGAAGGAGACUAGCAGCAUUGGGGAGGGUAGGAGAGCGGAAGAAGAGUUGGAGGUGGAGGAGGAGGAGGGUUAUGAGGACAACGAAGAGGAGGAGGAAGAGGAGGAGGAGGAUGAUGCAGAGGAAAUGGAUGGGGUUCAGGAGAGUGGGGAGAGGGCGAGCAAGGAGGGUGCGUAUGAGCUUCCGAAGAACAUUGCAAUGAUCACACUCGAGGAGGUGCAUGAGUACAAGGUGCUGCUGCGACUCGCCCAUCUCUAUCAAGCUGAGGAGGAUCCUAUUCUCUCGCAGCCUGCUCGUGUGGACCUUGACAGACUCUUUGCACACCAAGAGAUUGAGAAGGUAACUGAGCUCAGCCUGAUGGCCAAUCAGAAGCUCUCAAAGAUGCGGCCACCAAUGAAAUGGAGGACCGAGGAGGAAGUGGAGUCCAUGGAUGGGGUUCAUGGAGUUGGUCAGAGGGAUGCAUUUGACUCCUCAGACGGGCCAUUCAUUGUGGAGCUUGGACCAAUGGAGAUCCGCACUUUUGCAUCUUGGAACCUUUCGACUUCAGAGUUCAUGGCGGACCAAGAAUUGUCUAUGGCAGAGCAGGAGGCGCGCUUGAAGAAGAAAUAUGGCGGUGCCCUUCCGAAGAAAAAGGGGCUUCUUUCGAAGGGUCACGAAAGAGCUUUCUUUGACUCGGCCGAGUGGGCAAUUCAAAAGCAAAAGGGCGGCGAAGUUAAGCCUCCAGCAGCCAAUGAGGGGGGUCUACAGCCAAAGCUAGAGCCUACCCCGCAUCAACCAUUCCCAGCGAGGAGGUCGUCACUAUCAGAGCCUGAUCAAUGA